CGCCCCUCGCACCCGCUUUCCCCGCGCGGCCCCAGGCGGGGGGCGGGCCCGGUUCAGGCCGCUCCCCCGCCGCCCGGUGGCCCGCGGCGGCGCUCGCGGCCUCUCACCCGGGGCGGGCGAGUUCUGGGAAAGGCCGGCCCAGGGUGGGGGCCCCUGCCGCCCGCGCCGCCGUCCGGGCAGCGUGCAGAGCUCGGCGGGCGCGGAGCGAGGGAACCACGCCGGCGAGGGCGCUCUCGGGAACGCCGGGAGGGGGCCGGCGGAGCGCCGCGGGCUUGCGGGCGCGAGCGGCGGCGGGCGGAGCGCCCCGGGCUCUUCCUCCCGGGCACUCGCCUGGGUCUCGCCAAGCUCCUGGCAGUCGCGCCGCCGCUGACACAGUAGCGGGGACACCCGACGCCGCCAGCGACAGGCGCGUCCCAGCGGGAAGCCGCACUCGGGGACUCCGGCGCUACUGACCAGAAAAAGAAAGGAAACAUUCAAACUGGAUUUUUAAAUCAUUGUAAGUUAAUGCUGGAUCAGAAGUUGCACAAUGCAAUCCCGAAAAAAGUCUUCAAAAGAACUGCUUCAAAUAACAGAGGAAAGAAAAUUGAUCUACCACCUUAAAACUCUGAUCAAGAAAAAUAUAUGAUAGGAAACUAUAACUGCAUAAUUUUAUUUGGCUCUUAAUGCACUUGAAUGAAAGGAAUUGUAAUGGUUUCUCAGAGGACAUGUAUCUAUGAGAUUAUUUAGUAAUCAGUCAUUUUAUAAAAUUCCCACAAGAUCAACAAGGAGGCAAAACAAAGCAAAAGCUAAAACCUGAGUGUUGGUCAAGAUGACUUCUGAAGAAAUGGCAACCUCUGUUCUCAUUCCUGUGACUCAGAGAAAAAUGAUAUCUGCUCAGUUGGCUAUAGAUGAAAGUAGUGAAAAGAUCUCAGACAUCAGUGUUCCAAAGGUGUGUCCAGGUAGGCAGAGUGAGCAGACUUCUCAUACCAUCUCACAACUGAACAAGUUUAAAGAAGAAUCCUCUGGAAGCAGCUUGCCCAAGAUUCUUUCAAUAGCAAGGGAGAAAACAGUGAGUGAUGAGAACAGUAAUGGAAAGUGCUGGGAGAACAGCAUGCCUGAUUCUGUGAAAAACCUUAACAUUAACUGUAACAACAUACUGAAAAGCCAUCAGCGUGGCCUUCCUCAGAGCCAGUUUUAUGAAACAUGCGAUUCUGUCACAGAGGAAGGCCUGUGUUUGGAAACUGGAAACCCUUCUUCACUGGAAAGAAAGGUGUUCCCUGGAAUUCAACUGGAAAUAGACAGACCUCCCAUGGGCAUUAGUACCUUAGGAAAUCAAGCGGAGGUCAUAGAGAUGGGCAAGGCACACCCUGACAGCAACAUGGCAGUAUUUCACUUUCAUUAUGAAGUUGACAAAAGAAUGUCAGAUACUUUCUGUACCCUAUCAGAUAACUUGAUUUUGGAUGAUUGUGGAAACUGCAUACCACUGGCUAGUGUUGGUGGGGAGCAAAAGAAAAAUCACAUGGCAUAUACUUGUAAACUGAUGGGAUUGGCAAAGAACUGUAAUAAUGGGCAGCUGCAGUGUGAUCAUUGUGACACCUUGAAUGACAAAUACUUAUGCUUUGAAGGUUCUUGCCCAAAGGCCAAUGUGGUAUGUUCAAAUGACAGCUUUUGCAGGGAGGAUUUUACUGAGAGUCCAUCUGCUGAGACCCUUCUGAGCCAUUUUGAGGACUUCCCUGAUAAUUGUGAAGAUGUAGAGGAAGACUUUUUUAAAAGCAAAAGGGAGCGGUCCACUUUGUUAGUGAGGAGAUUUUGUAAAAAUGAUAGAGAAGUUAAGAAAUCUGUGUAUACUGGGACAAGAGCAAUUGUGAGAACUCUGCCUUCUGGUCACAUUGGGCUGGAAGCUUGGAGUUACAUUGAUCAGAAGAGAAGUGGUUUCUUAUUGCCUCAUGGGAGAGUAAAAGAACAGCUGUCAACAGUGGUAAUUAGGCAAGAUGGGAGUCAAUGUCUGUCAGAAGCCCAGUGGUAUCCGAUCUACACUGCAGUGAGAAGGGGAGAAGAAACAGAAGAUACAAUUGCAUCUCUCCUUCAUUUCUUCACAAAGCUCCCAGGCUCUGAAACGGCCCAUGGAAGAAUUAGCAUUGGUCCCUGCUUAAAGAAUUGUGUCCGAGACACCGUGUGUGAGUAUCGCGCCACCCUCCAAAGGACUUCUAUAUCUCAGUACAUCACCGGUUCUCUCCUAGAAGCAACCACAUCUUUAGGAGCAAGAAGUGGCCUUCUUAGUACUUUUGGAGGCUCCACUGGACGAAUGAUGCUGAAAGAACGUCAGCCAGGAACCUCUAUGGCCAAUUCCAGUGCCCUCCCUUCAAGUUCAGCUGGGAUCAGUAAGGAACUGCUUGACCUACAGCCCCUCAUCCAAUUCCCAGAGGAAGUCGCCAGCAUCCUGAUGGAGCAGGAGCAGAAUAUUUAUCGAAGGGUCUUGCCAGUUGACUACCUCUGCUUCUUGACCCGGGACUUGGGCACUUCGGAAUACCAAACCUCCCUGCCCUGCCUCAGAGCCUCCAUCUCAACAUCGAUUCUUACCUCCCAGAAUGGAGAGCACAAUGCCCUUGAAGAUCUUGUGAUGAGAUUUAAUGAGGUGAGCUCCUGGGUGACAUGGCUGAUCCUCACAGCAGGCUCCAUGGAGGAAAAGCGAGAAGUCUUCUCGUAUUUGGUGCAUGUGGCCAAAUGCUGCUGGAACAUGGGCAACUACAAUGCUGUCAUGGAGUUCUUGGCCGGCCUCAGGUCAAGAAAAGUUUUAAAAAUGUGGCAGUUUAUGGACCAGUCUGAUCUGGAGACCAUGAGGAGCCUGAAGGAUGCCAUGGCUCAGCACGAAUCUUCCUGUGAAUACAGGAAGAUGGUGACGCGGGCGCUGCACAUCCCCGGCUGUAAGGUGGUCCCGUUCUGCGGUGUGUUUCUGAAGGAGCUCUGUGAAGUACUGGACGGAGCCUCAGGCCUCAUGAAGCUUUGCCCGAGGUAUAAUUCCCAAGAAGAAACUCUAGAGUUUGUAGCUGAUUACAGUGGACAAGAUAAUUUCCUGCAACGAGUGGGACAAAAUGGCUUAAAGAAUUCAGAGAAGGAGUCCACUGUCAACAGCAUCUUUCAGAUCAUCAGGAGCUGCAGUCGAAGUCUAGAGACAGAAGAGGAGGAUGGCCCCAGUGAAGGGAGCAGUUCUAGGAAAAAUUCCUUGAAGGAUAAAGCCCGAUGGCAGUUUAUAAUUGGAGAUUUGUUAGAUUCUGAAAACGACAUCUUUGAGCAGCCCAAAGAGUGGGACCCUCAUGGAUCGGAAGAGCCACAGAAGGCCUUUAACCAUGGGACAGAGCUCAUUCCAUGGUACGUGUUAUCCAUCCGAGCUGAUGUGCACCAGUUCCUGCUGCAAGGCGCCACGGUCAUCCACUAUGACCAGGACACGCACCUCUCUGCCCGCUGCCUCCUCCAGCUUCAGCCUGACAAUAGCACCUUGACCUGGAUAAAGCCCACCACUGCCUCCCCAGCCGUUACUAAAGCAAAACUUGGUGUGUUAAGUAACACAUCUGAGCCUGGCAAAUUCCCAUUACUGGGCAAUGCUGGAUUAAGCGGCCUGGCGGAGGGAGUUUUGGAUCUGUUCUCAGCAAAGGCUGUGUACAUGGGACACCCUAGCAUUGAUAUACACACUGUGUGUGUUCAGAACAAACUGGGCAGCAUGCUUCUCUCAGAGACUGGUGUGACACUGCUCUAUGGGCUUCAGACCACAGACAAUAGAUUACUGCACUUUGUGGCACCAAAACAUACAGCUAACAUGCUCUUCAGUGGAUUAUUGGAACUCACUAGAGCUGUGAGAAAGAUGAGGAAGUUCCCUGACCAAAGGCAACAGUGGCUGCGGAAACAAUAUGUCAGCUUCUAUCAGGAGGAUGGAAGGUACGAAGGGCCAACUUUGGCUCAUGCUGUGGAGUUGUUUGGUGGCAGACGAUGGAGUACUCGAAACCCCAGCCCUGGGACAUCAGCAAAAAGUGCUGAGAAGCCCAAUGCACAGAGAAACAACACCUUGGGCAUAAGCACCACCAAGAAAAAGAAGAAAAUCCUUAUGAGGGGUGAGAGUGGAGAGGUGACCGAUGAUGAAAUGGCCACCCGGAAGGCCAAAAUGCACAAAGAGUGCCGGAGCCGGAGUGGUUCUGAUCCUCAAGAUGCUAAUGAGCAAGAAGAAUCAGAAAUGAAUGCCAUCAUGAGCCCUCCUCACCCCCUCCCUUCCAGAAGAGCCCACUCUUUGACCACAGCUGGGUCCCCUAAUUUGACUGCCGGGACAUCAUCUCCCAUCAGGCCAGUGUCCUCCCCUGUGCUGUCUUCUUCAAACAAGAGCCCAUCCAGUGCUUGGAGCAGCAGCAGCUGGCACGGGCGGAUCAAAGGAGGAAUGAAGGGCUUUCAGAGCUUCAUGAUUUCAGACAGUAACAUGAGUUUUGUUGAAUUUGUUGAGCUCUUCAAAUCGUUCAGUGUGAGGAGCCGAAAGGACCUAAAGGAUCUCUUUGACAUCUAUGCUGUGCCCUGCAACCAAGCCGGCUCCGAGUCAGUCCCACUCUACACCAACCUAACCAUUGACGAGAACUCCAGUGGUCUUCAGCCUGACCUAGAUUUGUUGACCAGAAAUGUCUCGGAUUUGGGGUUGUUCAUUAAGAGUAAACAGCAACUUUCAGAUAACCAGAGGCAGAUAUCUGAUGCCAUUGCUGCUGCGAGUAUUGUGACAAAUGGCACUGGGGUCGAGAGCACAUCUCUGGGCAUAUUCGGGGUUGGCAUCCUCCAGCUCAAUGACUUCCUGGUGAAUUGCCAAGGAGAACACUGCUCUUACGAUGAAAUCCUCAGCAUCAUUCAGAAGUUCGAGCCUAGUGUUAGUAUGUGUCAUCAGGGCCUAAUGUCUUUUGAAGGGUUUGCAAGGUUUCUGAUGGAUAAAGAUAAUUUUGCCUCCAAAAAUGAUGAGUCACAAGAGAACAUUAAAGAAUUACAGCUGCCCCUCUCCUACUACUAUAUUGAAUCUUCACAUAAUACCUACCUCACAGGCCAUCAGCUCAAAGGAGAAUCCUCAGUAGAACUCUACAGCCAGGUCCUCCUGCAAGGCUGUAGGAGCAUAGAGUUGGACUGCUGGGAUGGAGAUGACGGGAUGCCUGUCAUUUAUCAUGGACAUACACUGACCACCAAGAUCUCCUUCAAGGAAGUGGUUGAAGCCAUUGACCGCAGUGCCUUCAUCAACUCUGACCUGCCCAUCAUUAUAUCAAUUGAGAACCACUGCUCGUUGCCUCAGCAACGAAAAAUGGCAGAAAUUUUCAAGACUGUGUUUGGAGAAAAACUGGUGGCUAAAUUCUUAUUUGAGACUGAUUUCUCAGAUGAUCCAAUGCUUCCCUCACCUGACCAACUUAGAAGGAAAGUACUUCUUAAAAAUAAGAAACUAAAAGCCCAUCAGACACCAGUGGAUAUAUUAAAACAAAAGGCUCAUCAGUUAGCAUCCCUGCAAGCUCAGGCCUAUAAUGGGGGGACUGGCACCCCACCACCUGCUAAUAAUGAGGAAGAGGAAGAUGAGGAGGACGAAUAUGAUUACGACUAUGAAUCCCUCUCUGAUGCAGAUGUCCUUACUGCUUCUCCUGCUCCUAACAGUCAGGAAGACAACAUUCUAGAAGACAGACCUGAAAAUAAAUCAUGUAAUGACAAGCUUCAGUUUGAGUAUAAUGAAGAAAUCCCCAAGAGGAUAAAGAAAGCAGAUAACUCUGCUUGCAACAAAGGAAAGGUUUAUGACAUGGAACUGGGAGAAGAAUUUUAUCUUCCUCAGAAUAAAAAGGAAAGCAGACAGAUUGCACCUGAGCUUUCUGACCUUGUUAUCUAUUGCCAAGCAGUAAAAUUUCCAGGCCUGUCAACUCUAAAUGCAUCUGGCUCUAGCAGAGGAAAAGAAAGAAAAAGCAGGAAGUCCAUUUUUGGCAACAAUCAGGGCAGAAUGAGCCCUGGGGAGACAGCAUCAUUUAACAAAGCAUCUGGAAAAAGUUCCUAUGAAGGAAUGCGGCAGGCCUGGGAGGAAUCUUCUAUCCCUCUCAACCCAACCACAUCCCUCAGCGCUAUCAUUAGAACUCCCAAAUGUUACCAUAUCUCAUCACUGAAUGAAAAUGCCGCCAAACGUCUGUGUCGCAGGUAUUCUCAGAAACUGAUCCAGCACACCGCCUGCCAGCUGCUGAGGACUUACCCAGCUGCCACUCGCAUCGAUUCUUCCAACCCCAACCCCCUCAUGUUCUGGCUCCACGGGAUACAGCUCGUGGCUCUCAACUACCAGACAGAUGAUCUCCCCUUACAUUUAAAUGCUGCCAUGUUUGAGGCCAAUGGUGGCUGUGGUUAUGUUUUGAAACCCCCAGUUUUGUGGGACAAGAACUGUCCCAUGUAUCAGAAGUUCUCUCCCUUGGAAAGAGACCUGGACAACAUGGAGCCUACCGUCUAUUCUUUAACUAUUGUCUCUGGCCAAAAUGUGUGCCCAAGUAACAGCACAGGAAGCCCGUGUAUUGAAGUUGAUGUCCUGGGCAUGCCCCCGGACAGCUGCCAUUUCCGCACAAAGCCCAUCCAUCGAAAUACUCUGAACCCCAUGUGGAACGAACAGUUUCUCUUCCGGGUUCACUUUGAAGAUCUCAUAUUUCUUCGUAUUGCAGUUGUCGAAAACAACAGCUCAGCAGUAACUGCUCAAAGAAUCAUUCCACUCAAGGCUUUAAAACGAGGGUAUCGACAUCUUCAGCUGAGAAACCUCCACAAUGAAGUCUUAGAAAUCUCUAGUUUAUUCAUAAACAGCAGAAGGAUGGAAGAAAAUUCCUCCAGCAAUACUAUGCCGGCUUCUUUGAUGUUUAGUACAGAAGAAAGAAAAUGUUUGCAGAGUCACAGAGUCACAGUGCAUGGGGCCCCAGGGCCAGAGCCCUUUACAGUUUUCUCUAUAAAUGGAGGCACCAAGGCAAAGCAGCUUCUCCAGCAAAUUCUGACCAUUGAACAAGAUACCAAACCUAUUGCCACAGAUUAUUUUUUGAUGGAAGAGAAAUAUUUUAUAUCUAAAGAAAAGAAUGAAUGCAGAAAACAACCAUUCCAGAGAGCCAUUGGUCCAGAAGAAGAGAUCAUGCAGAUUUUAAACAGCUGGUUUCCAGAAGAGGGAUAUGUUGGCAGAAUUGUCUUAAAAACCCAGCAGGAAAACCUAGAAGAGAAAACCAUUGUUCAAGAUGAUAAAGAGGUGAUCUUGAGCUCAGAGGAGAGUUUCUUUGUUCAAGUGCAUGACGUUUCUCCAGAGCAACCUCGAACCGUCAUCAAAGCGCCCCGUGUCAGCACUGCACAGGAUGUCAUUCAGCAGACUUUAUGCAAAGCCAAGUAUUCCUACAGCAUCCUGAGCAACCCCAACCCAAGUGACUAUGUGCUUUUGGAAGAGGUGGUGAAAGAUACUACCAACAAAAAGUCUUCUAUCCCAAAAUCCUCCCAACGGGUCCUUUUGGAUCAAGAGUGUGUGUUUCAAGCCCAAAGCAAGUGGAAAGGUGCAGGAAAAUUCAUCCUUAAGCUAAAGGAGCAGGUGCAGGCAUCCCGAGAAGACAAGAGAAAGGGUGUUUCUUUUGCAAGUGAACUCAAGAAGCUCACCAAGUCAACAAAACAGCCCCGAGGACCCACCUCAUCUUCUCAGGUCUUAGCCUCAGAAAGCAUCCAAAACAAGGAGGAGAAACCUAUGGGCUGCAUGUCCUCUAGUGACACCAUAGACUAUCGACAGUGACCAAGGGUGGCACAUCUUACCCAGGUGAAGAUCUUUUGGCAAGAAGUUAAAGUCAAGAAUAAACAUGAUGGAAACAAAUAUAAUUUCCUCAUUUUCAUUAGAUUUAAACUGGAAAUUGAUGAUUUCUGAACUGAAGCCUCCAUACAGGUUGUGAGUUCC